GUCUCUCUCAAAACGAAAGAGAAAGUAAAUUGCUUGCAUGACUGUUUUGGAAACUAGAAUGCUUGUCCCGAGGACGAGAUAAAACAUUAUGUGUUGGAUUUUUGGCAGCCUUUUCUUAGCACUUUUAUGCUUAGGUGUAAACGGCUCUCAGUCUCUUUAUGAUCUACAGUGGCUUCCCUGUACAUUUAUGGAUGAGGACGUUCGCAAAAAUGAAGAAGGCCAUAUAGAAACCGAGUAUAUCACCAGACGAGCUGUGCUUCAGUUUGGAAACGUCGGUGACGAGCCUCUCCACCCUACCUCCGUCACCUUCCUCGUCGCAGCCUCUAAAGUGGACAUGAGGCGCUAUUUGAAGGGAAGUGAGGAUGAACUGCAAUGUGAGAUCCGUAGAUACAGCGCUGGAAGGAUCGUAACCCGUUGGCCGCAGGAUCACGACGUCUGGUUCACGGCUACACUGCAUUCAGAUGGCUUGUUUGCAAUCACCACCUUCCUCAAACACACGACUACAGCGACGGCUGAAGGACAGGUGGACUUCCUGCAAUGGAUAACCAUCCAUGAUGGAGAUUUCCUGACCACUUCAGCGGCCAUGUUUCUUCUGACUCGCACGCCGUCCGUGGAGGUGGGAUUCUUGAAGGAGCCGACCCUGCACUGUCAGUAUGGAGUGGAUCACGAUCUUCCUCGCGUGACGGUGGUCUGGAAGAAACACGGGGAGCGCGGCGAACUCUUCAGCUACUCCAGCCGCUCGGGGAAGAGCGAAGGCUCCGGAGUGUCCGUCAGGGCCAUCGCUGCUGGAAACGUCUCCGUUAAACUUCCACCCACCAAUAAACACAGCGAGGGCACGUAUGUCUGCUCUGUGACGGUUCCUCCUCUCAACGGCAGCCACGCUAUUCCACUCACGCUAAGAGAAGAACCCAGCGUGUCUGUGAACGUGGGCUCCAGCUUGUCCGCGGUGGCCGGUGAGCGGCGGAAGCUGAUAUGUUACGCGGAGAGGUAUUAUCCGCUGGACGCAAACAUCGAGUGGUACCGGGAAGCUCCCGGAGGCGGGCCUUCACUCCUGACCGAUGUUACGAUGUUCAGUCAUCAACGUCAUAAAGACGGCACAUACUCGCACUCGGCCUUCUUCUAUCUGAAGCCCAGCGUGAAGGACUCUGGAGAUACGUACACCUGCAGAGUGUCCCAUAAGUCCUUGCUCGCUCCCAUUGAAAAGAGCGUGUCCCUCACAGUUACAGAUCCUGGCUCUUCCUGGUGGAGUAUCAAAUCGGUUGUAGUCAUAACUGCCAUGCUAUUCAUUUUUUGUUAUGCCUUUCCUCGGUUUCUUAAAGAAAGAAAAGCAGCAAAAAUGUUUCUCCUGCUGCUCCGUUCGUCGAGGUCCAGCACUUUCCGUGAGAAGAUGUGGAGUGUGUAGUGAAGGUUUACUAAAGCCGAUAAAGCCACUUGAUUGUGUUGAAAAUAUAUUUAUUUCAUGAGAAGUACACUGAAAAUACACCGACAACCCUCAUUUCCAUAUUGUAAAUACUCUUUUUCACACUUGGAGGCGAUUUUAAUGCUGUAUAUAAGAUUUAAGAUUUUAAUGCUGUAUAUAAGAAUUUAACGCAUUGAUGUGAAAUCACAAAUCUUCACAGUAUCACAGAUUUGAGAUGUUUUUUAGCAAGCACAAGCCGAGUAUUUCAGACGUAUAGUGUGAGCACAUAAAUCGUGAGCAUUGGCUUUACGUCACUUUCUUUACAGUUACUGACAGCGCAAUAAAGAAAUAUUCUUUUUCUCUUA